AUGCGCAGCACGUCUCUGAUCGUCUUCGUUUCGAUACUUCCUCUGCUACCAAGUACGUCUGAUUUCUAUCUUGUGUUCAUCUAAAACAACACGUUUUCAGAAGUUUCCGCUCAGUUGGCCACUUGCUUCAACCGCGGUACUCCGAUCAAUUCGACCGAUUGUGUAUGUCCUGGAUUCGUCGCCGGACGCCUUUGUGAAACUGUAAAGUUCGUUUCUUUCUUGACCCGAUGAAAAAACAAAACAGUAUUAACAAAAUCAAUACGAAUUGCAUUUCGCACCAAUGACCAGUUUAAAAAUGCGCUGAUAAGAAAUAAGCUGGUGUGAAAUUUCUCUCGAAAAAAGACGUUUCGGUUCCAACAAUCAGGGAAAACUUUUCAGAUGUCAAAGAUUCUCGAUUCCGGAUAAAAACAGAUGUGCGUGUCCUCCGGGAUGGUAUGACAAGUAUUGUGGAAUCAGAGGAUGCCGGCCUCCAAACGAAGACAGUCUGGACCUUCUGAAGAGGUCAUUCAUUAUUGUGUUCAACAUGAAAACGUCGAUGGCGGAACACUUGAAAGUGCUGAAAGAGAACUUCCAGGAGAUGGUGACACGGAUCACGACGGUACACAGAAACAUUAUAACGCGUGCGAACGUUGCAUUCAGAAUUGGAAAAACACAAAUCAGAGCGAUAAUUGGAUCGAGAACUUCAUCGUCUACGGAUUCGUUCAGGGAAUCAGCAGAUGACCGUCAAGACGACGAUAGCGAAAAGUGCGGAUGAUAUCGUCGACUUUUUGGACAAAAUUGAGCUGCAAGAUGGGGAUGCCACGCAACCUGUGCUCACGGCCCUCAAAGAUGCACAGCAGACGUUCCCGUCGAUGAAAUCGCACUCCAUCGUGCUCGUUCUCACAGACAGCCUGCUUCUGACGCACCCAGUCUCUCAAACAGAUUCACAGACAAAAACGUCGAACAAGUUGCCUUCAGAUCUCGCUUUUGUGGAGAUCCAAGGUGUGUUCCCACUGGAAUUUGUACGACAAACCACGUGCUUCUAGGUUUCAUUCCUCUUGUCGUUCCCGAUGGGACCGAUACUUCUCCAGAUAACGUUGACGUGUACAGACGUCUUUCUGUGGCCAAUCACGGCGACACCUUCUUCCUCAAGAGCACAUCUGAACUAAAAACUGUCCUUAUUUCCGUUAUAGGAACCCAGUUUUUCCCCGAAAACGUAGCAGCGGUGUACGGAAAAACGGGAAACGAUUCGGUGACGGUGGUUCCUGAUGAGCAGAACGACACUGCUUUCUAUCUGCUAACAGUUGAUCCAUCAAAGAGUAGGAGUUGAUAUUGUACCUGAAAAUUUUAUCUUUAUUAUUAUAGAUUUGAAUCUUCCAACUAUUUCUGGAGCAAACGUCUAUGCAGAAGGAGUUUCUUUUCUAGUGAAUUAGAUAUUAUCGAUCUACGUAACGUUUACACUCUUUCAGUUUUACACAAAAUCCAGCCAGUUCGACGAAGCAGUCGAAAUAAGUGCUCCGAUCGGAACAACUUACAACUACCGCGUCUUCAUUCAAUCCAAGAACACCAUCCUAAAAAACUUUAACGAUGAUACGAGCAUUGACGUUGGAAAUGGAAUAAUAGCCAUUGGUAUUAUAGGGGCAUCUCACAGAAAUGGCGCUCUGUUCGCAAUCUGGCCGAACUUUUAGGCCGCGAAGUGAUUUUCCACUGAAAACGUGGUGUAACUUUUCAAACUCGGCACCGAGGUCGCUCAAAUUGCACUGCAAAAAGAGUUUCUGAACAGAGCGUCAUAAUAGUGAGAUAAAACGAGAGUAUUUGAAUCAUAUUCGUUCAAGGAAUUGAAAUGUUCGCCACAAUGGAGACGUUCGGAUUCCCGGAAUGGUUGAACAGCAGUUAUGAUGUGAGAUUGGCUGACGGUCAGUUGCUUCGCGAGAAGUUCUUCUCGUUUCCGAGACCUCAGAUCGACUGCACGUACACCUUCGCAUUCCCUGCUUGGAACACUCUUCAGUGCCCUCCGGGACCCACCACGUAAUUGAAUUAUGCGGAAAAUGAGGUUGACAUCAGAAUUACAGACAAUUGCACACACUCUACUACAAUGGGUACGUAAAACAAAGAGUCGUUCCUGCCUACUGCUAUAAUGGUGAGCUAAAUAUGAAUGGUGAAGUGAAUCGGAUAAUCUCAGGCGAUAGAAACGCGGAACAUCCGGAUGGAAUUGGAAUGGAAACAAGUGAAUUUGAUCCGAUUUCGCAGCAAGAACGUGUGCUCAGUUGUGAUGAAAAGAAUAUCGACGCAGUGAACGAUCCGAGAUUAGAAGAGCACAAACAAGUGAGUUUUACUUUGUUUUUUCUUAAAAAUAUCCCAUCUUUCAGUUUGUCUUCAUUCUGGAGCAACAUUCCGCUAAUAGAGCAGUCUAUCAAACUCUGGCAGAGGACAUUGAAAAGAUAGUGACGGCGAUCAAUUCAACCACUACCGGAACGUAUAAAAGCGAGUUCACUUUGGUUGUGCACAAUGAUAUUGGUGAUUCGAAAUACUGGUGACCAAGCCGUCAAUUGCAUUUUUCAGAGUCUCGGGCGUUGAUCAGCUCCUACAGCCCAACAGUUUUCUCUUCGAAAUUUCAGAAUCUAGUGGCUUCUCUUCCUCUUUAUGAUAAUCUUGAUAACACUUUGGGCCUUCUUUCUGUUGUUCAGGUGUUGCUCAGAAAAUGUUCAGAAUGAAAUUGUAUACAGUUUUUCAGGCACAAAAACUGAAUAUUCAGCCGACUGCUCAAGUGUACUAUUUCACAAAUCAAGCAGUGAAAAAUGUUCAAAAUGUGUCGAGAACGUGGGACAUAUUGAGAAGAGAUAUUGAGGUAUUCGAAGAAAACUGAGAUGGAAUGGGAGUAAAGAAAUGACAUUGUAGGUCAACUUUUUCACAAUCGCCGACGGCGUCACAACGGAAAUCUUUGCUCUUCCAUCGCAAUUGGAACUCAUUCAGAAAAUGACCAACGGACGACUUAUUCCAUUGCAAAGAAACGAAACUGCCGUAAGUGUCAUUUUGUGGAUAACAAAAGAAAUCGUUGCUCAGUUUGCAAAUCUGUUUUCGGAUAUUAUGAGGAUGACUUCUCUGACUACGGACAACGAACAAUAUGUAAAUAAAGACGGUAUUGCAAAAGUUGUGAAUUGAAAACGUUGCAGGACUGCCAGACUUCGCCACUUGUCAUUGAUGGAUUUGUGGAAAAAGGGGCUCAAAAAGUAGUGGUUCAGGUGGUCGGAACUGGGAUAAAAACCAUUACAGUAGCCGAUGCGAAUGGUAGAAGUUAGACAUAACGCAUGAGUACUCAUGUUUCGUUUCCAGGCACUCUGAUUCCCCUCACCGACUAUAUCACAUAUCAGAACCCUAACUUCGUAUCUUUGAACAUCGGUAUGUUCUCAAAUUCUUGUCUCGAAAUCAGGUGAACUCCAGAUCUUAACAAGUUUGCCAAAGGAGUGUGGAGACUCUCUGCGUUGGUCGCAAAGGGAGGUUGUCAGAUUACAGUAAGGCAGAACACCGAGAUCGGAGCAAUUCUCGGCUUCACUUCUUCGAACACUGAUGACAAUGUUUCUACACAAAUUAUUUCGCAAAGAGGUACUAAUUUCUGAGAAACAUGUGGUUUCGACCCAAAGUUUCAGCCCCCUCCGACUCUGAACCGAUCUACAUUCCGAUCAGAGUGAACGCUCCAGUGGUGCCAACUAAUCUGGAAAUCCGUAAGAAUUGCAAUUGCAGUCAAAUCUUCCGACCCUUCUCGUUUCUUUCAGAUAUUGUGAAUCGAAAACGCUACGAUCAACCUGAGAGCUAUUACAAUUCUUCGAUCUCUGCUCGAGAUCCUUCAUCAUGUUCCUACAAUUUUAUAUCUGAUCACAUUGUGGUUCCGAAAAAUGAACUGACUACGUGGACGCUGUCGGCCUACGACUCCGGGAAUCUCAUUCUUCACCGCAUUUUCUACUACUACCAGCAUUUCCCAAAAGGUUCACAAUUGCUCACUCUCCAAGAAAACCCAAAACAUCUACUGCAGAUAUUUCGGUGUGUAAUGGCGGACAAGUGGAUCAAUUCGGAAGGUGUAUCUGUCGGGAAAGAUACACGGGAGACUACUGCUGGGACCGGAUCUGCCAGCCCGCAGCCACGUACUCAAAUGGAAUCUGUUGUUGUUCUCCCGGAACAUUGGGAGACUUUUGUGAAUAUGGUAACUGCCUUCAACGGGAAAGACACCAACAAUAACGAGAAUUUCCAGAGCUAGUGCUUCCUGGGAACACGACAAUAAUACCAAGACUGACAGUGCCGACAACUACACCGAUUCAGACGACAACAAAACAUUCGCAUACUGUUUCGGGAGUCUUCAGUCUAAUUCUCAUGCUUUUAUGUAACCGAUUUGUAUGAAAUGACAAAACAAGUUUGUGAAUAAAACGUACUUGAAACGAGUCUGAUCUUCGUGAGUUUUGCAGAUUGAAGGCAUUGUUUGUGAGUGAAAUCAUAGCUGAGAAUGACGUUUAUCGCAUGAAAAAUGUCGUCAAAAGAAUACGGAGAGAAGGGCGGAAAGGGGGUACUGUAUGCGAGAGCAAAUAAAACAAUGGGCCGAUUUAGACUGUACGCACUUUGGCUGAUAACGACUGUGAUUUGGGGAGAGGUCAAGAAACCAAAUUGUGGGCGGCGGACACGAUUGAGUUUAAGAGUUCAGGAGAAUUUCAUUUUUGCAGAAAGUGAGGCAAGCUGACUCGUGUGCGCCACGUCACUUUCAAGUUGUCAUCAUUCGCGGCAGACUACGAAGAAUCAUUCAAUCAUUCCCCGAGUUACUGUACUCCAAGUGUCCCCGGUCACAAUUUUAUGUGGGAUUACGGUAGAUCGCGACUGUCCGAAAUCAUAAAUAGUUCAUCAAACAAAGAAAUAACCAAAGCCAAAGUCAUCCAAUUCUGCUUCAUCCGGCAGCAAUAAAAAAGUGGUGUAUCCUACUUUACAGGUCGUGAUCCUUGCCAUAAUAGGCACAACGCUUUCAUCUCACAUGACGUUCAGACGUUCAGAUCGACCAAACUUCAACUCAAUACCAUAACCUUUAAAAUGCUGAUUUGUUCACAAGAGUUCCAGAAAAGUUGAGUAUCAAACGGGCGGCCGACAGAAUAGGGAUGAGAAGACACUUUGGAUGAAUAUUUGAAUGAAAAACCUCGUUUCCAGACAUUUCAGAUUUUCAGUGUUAACACAGAUUGCAAUUGAUUGUAACAACGAAAAUGUAUAAAUAUUGAACAAAGGAAGAUUUCUUGAGAGUAUCUAUCUGUUACAGUACCCUUCUACUUGAGCACUUCUUAGUAAUUAGCUAUGAAUCACAUCUGGCUACAAAUUGAUGCACAGUUUCUGAAGUGAACACACGGAAUCGUGAUGAAGAGGAUCCGCUAAGAGCCCCAAAGGUUUCAUAAACAAUUCCGAGUUCAAAAGUUGAAGAAUUCACUUGAUUCAUUUCAUUUGCCACACCCCUCCUUCGUUUCUAGAAAUGGUUGGGUCUCUCGGUGACACUUCAGGGUACUCAUGGCUCAACUCAUGCCGAUAGCAGUCCUCGUGGCUUUUACCUUAUUUUCAGUUACAGGUAACAGGCGCCCCUCUUCUUCACUCUCUAUCUUUUCAGCUCAACAAUGUCUAAACGGAGGAACUCCGGUGAACGCGACGGACUGCCAUUGCCCGGGAUAUGUGGGCGGACGACAGUGUGAGACUGUGAAGUGAGUUCUCGAGUCCCUAGCUCUCUAGGUAUGGAGGAAGACCGAAUAGAGUAAAUGAGAACUUCAUUGGGACAAAGGACGGAUUCAAAACUGUCUGUGCGAAACUACAGUAACCCGUAGAAUGUAUAAACUGAAACACAGAAGGGUGCUCAACAAGGUGGCGCAUUGGACAAUUUGUGAAAGUGAUGCGGAUGUAUUGUUCUGUUUUGAGGGCUUGUUUACAAAGGACUCGACGGUAGAGCACACUUCCUCUUUCAUUCUACAAAAAACAUGAUUCUUGAAGCAUUACAAUUAGUCGUUCUUCCUUCCUUCCUUCCUGCUCCGUAUUCAUAGGAUUCCCAACUCAUUCCCAGCUCAUUCUCAUUCUUAAUGGUCCCCAGAUCAUCCGUUCCAUCUCGUCCGCCCUUUCUAUCGUACUCUUGAUUCUCCCGUCAUUUUUUCAUUUUUUCAUCUCGGUUACAUGUGACUACACUGAUAAGACCUGCAAAAUGACAAAUGCAUGCAGAAGACGGUAAACUGUUUGGGGACACUUUCUAUUUCUAGAAUCGUAUGCGGAAACGCGAUAAACGCAUAAACACGUUGGUGUUGCAGGUGUCAGCGAUGGGGAAUUCCGGACAAGAAUAGAUGUGCGUGUGCGCCGGGAUGGUAUGACAAGUAUUGUGGAAUCAGAGGAUGCAGGCCUCCGAACGAGGACAACUUGGACCUGGAGAAGAGGUCGUUCAUCAUUGUGUUCAACAUGAAGAAGUCGAUGAAGGAGCAGCUGGACAGCUUGACGACUGGAUUCAAGAACAUGGCCGACUCAAUCACAAAGAACUGGAACAACAACAAAGUUCAAGAGAAUUGGAUUGAAAACUUUAUUGUCUACGGAUUCGUCCAAGGGAGUCAGAAGACGACAAUCACUCAAAUGAUCUCAGAAAGUGCCGAUGACGUCGUGGUGUUCCUCAAAAACAUGACGCUGUACGAUGGAGACGACACGCAGCCGGUGCUCGCGGCUCUCAAGAAUGCUCAACAGAUCUUCCCUUCUAUGAAAUCCCACGCAGUCGUUCUCGUUUUCACAGACAGUCCCGCUUCCGAUGCGACUCCCUGGUCACACAGAUUCGAAGAUAAAAACACGGAACAGUUGUGCCUCCAAAUCUCGUACUUGUGGAGAUCUAAGGUCUCUUUCAUUCUCUCGAUUCCUUCUGCAAUAAGCGUGACUUUGGACGGAGUCGAUGUUUACAGACGUCUUUCGCUUUCUACCCACGGUGAUUACUUUUUCGUGAAAAAUUCUACAGAAACCACUGACGUAAGGAAUUCCUUCAAAUCUCUGAACCUUUGAGAUGGCAUUUCAGAUUCUGAGAAGUGUGAUAUCCACGUUUUACUUCCCUGAGAACGUCGGCGUUGGCUUCGGACUGUUCGAAGACUCACUCGUCGUUCCGACUGCAGACAACGGAGCCGACUGGGUUUUCACACUAAUCACAAUGGACUCUUCCGGUAGGGAAAAGUUGAAGUUGGUACUGAGACGAUUGAAAUAUUCUAGAUUAUGAGUUCCCAGAAAUCCCUGGCACAACUCUUCUUGCCAAGGGUAGCAAUUACAUGGUGAACUCAUAAACCGUAACUAUGAACUUCUGAAGAAUGAUAAUUUAGUUGGUCGCUGCACAAUAUAUGAGCACUGUCUACAUCAAAUCUUCCGGCGAUUUCUACAACUUCCGAAUCUUCCUCCAGUCCAGAAACACACUUCUUUUCGAUUACAACAGUGACAUGAUGAUAGACGUUGGAAAUGGAAUUGUCCAUUUGGGAGUGACGAUGCACUCGACCAUCCGUACUUUCGGAUUUCCACAGUACACGAACAUGACCUACAGAGUCAUGUCGAGUAAUUUUCAAGUUGUGAGGGAAGCCGUCGUUGCAUUCAGAAGACCCCAAGAAGACUGUACUUUCGAGAUGGCGUUCCCUCCCUGGGUGAAUACAGACGACUGCCCGCCAGGGCCGGUGACGUGAGUGCACCUGACGCACUCGAACAUUCAAGUUCUGUUUCAGACAAGUUCAUCAGCUUCACUACGGAAUAACGAUUACAAAGUGAGAGUUACUCCCGGAUAUUGUGACCAGAGUUAGUACAACUUAUUCUUCUUUUGUGUGUAACAAUAAAAUUCAGUUGCCCACUACACGCAUCAGGAACAGGGAUUCGUGGCUCCCCAGUUGGAUAAGAAGAAUGUGCUCCAAAAGAAACAUCUUCGCGAUGUGAAUUCAGUGGAAUCCUGCCCGUGACCAACAUCCAUGCAAUCAAUGAUCCUCGUUUUGAAGAGGCCAAUCAAUUCAUUUUCAUCCUCGAGGCACACUUAGCCAAUAAGAAUGUAUACACAACUCUUGCGAAUGAGAUUGAUCUGAUUGUGGCUCUUGCCAAUUCCACGAGCACCGGAUCGUACAAGAAGGAGUUCACCCUGAUUGUGAACAACGACGACACUUCGCGAGUGCUUCUCAGCACUUACAAUCCUGCUGCAUUCGUCAGAAAGUUCCGAACUCUUGUGAACGGACUCGUUUACAGUGGCCAACUGAACGCCCCGUUGGGUCUCUCGUCGGUUGUUCAGGCAAUGAAAUCGAACAUUAAACCGACUGCUCAAGUGUAUUAUUUCACCAAUCAGGCAGUCAAGAAUGUGCAGAAUUCCACUAGAAAAUGGGAUAUUGUGGACAGAAACAUUGAAGUAUCUAUAGAACUGGAGACAAAAACAUGAGCCCAAAUCGUUUCAGUUCAACUUUUUCACAAUCGCCGAUGGUGUCACUACCGAAGUCUUUGCUCUCCCGUGGCAAUUGGAACUCGUUCAAAAGAUGAGUAACGGCAGAAUCAUUCCAUUGGGCGCCCAGGAGAGUACGGUAAGCGUCUGUCAAUAGAGAGAAUGGCGUCGCCGAGUUCAAAAUUUUUCAGCUUGUCAAUUUAUUUGCCGACGUAAUGCCGAUGAAUGCUCUCACCACUGAUAUGGAGAAAUACGUAAGAACAGAGAUCACAAAGAUCGGGGCAGAAAUCAUUUUGUGUUCAGGACUGCCACACUGUGCCAUUCACACUGGAUGCGUUUGUGGAGAAGGAGACUCAGCGGACCGUGUUUCAAUUCGUGGGCACUGGUUUGAAUGGGAUCUCGAUUGUGGACGCAGCAGGCAAAACGGUGCCAGCGGCAGAGAACACACACUUUGGAAAUGUCAAUUUCAAGUCUCUCAGCAUUGGUUCGAAAGUUCAGGAAGAUAAUAAAGAAUUAGUUGAUGCUCAGACACUUCGAAAUUCACUCCGGGAGUGUGGAAAGUUUCCGUUUCUGCUGCCGGAGGUGGCUGUCAGAUCACAGUGAGACACAGAUCAACGAACGGAGUCAUUUACGGGUUCACGGAAAAGAGUGUCUCCGAUACUGUCAAUUCACAGAUUCCGUUGCAGAGAACAAGUUUGAAACAGAUAUUAUUUGAUGUUGCACUACUUUUGAGAUUUACAGCUGAAAAGUCGAGAGAAUUCAUUUAUGUGCCUGUUCGCAUCAAGCAAAGUGCAAACGCUGCCAAGGCCGUCUCUUCGAACUUGGAGAUUCGUCAGUUUUCAGUAGUCAAAUUCUUCGAUUAAAACUGUCAGUUUCCAGAAAUAAUUAAUCGUAUGCGAUAUGACGAGCCCGUGAGCUACAAGAAUUUGACCAUUAUGGCGAGAGACGCGAACACUUGCUCUUUCAAUUGGAUCACUCCAAAAGUACAAAUUCCCUCCGACCACUUGACUACGUGGACACUGACCAGCUACGAUUCUUCCAACAAUCUCAUUCUCCGCCGGAUCUUCUACUAUUAUCAACAUAGUCCAGCAGGUCACUGACUUCUUUCAUUUCAUUUUUAAAUUGUGCGUAAUCUUGCAGACAGUUCAAUAUGUCACGGAGGAGAAGUGGAUAAGUACGGACAGUGCGUCUGCCCCGAACGGUAUACCGGAGAGUACUGCUGGGAUCGAAUCUGUGCUUCUGGUGCCACUCUUUCCUACGGUAUCUGCAGUUGUUCCUCCGGUUUCUUUGGCGAUUUCUGUGAGCUGGAACUCAUGAUGACCAAUGCCUCCUCUACUUAUACUCCUCUAACUAACACGGUUUCUCAAUUGCCCUCUUCUUCCACGACGGUCCCUCUCCCAACUACCACGAGAAUCUCAACCCGUCCUUCGGGUCUUUCGUGCAUUUUGCUCCUCCUAACCACGUUGUACUUUGUUUCCCAGUGAACUUGCUUUGCAUAAAUAAAUGCGCUUCCCUCACCUUCUGUCGCUCUUCAAAAAUUCGGAGGAUCCUCGAGGAUGGCUCGAAUUCCUUUGUCUUCUCUUUUUCUCUCUCAUCAUCUCAAACAUUUUACAAUGCGCGGCAAAAAAUGCGAGCGCAAACAGACACUCUGACCAUCUCAUCAUCAGUGUCUUCGGCAACCGAACUGACCGGUUCAGAUGGCGCGCGAGAGAAGGAUUAGAGGGAGCUCUCGCCCGGAGACGGAGCACACACAUACGAUAUGAUACGGGGGCGAUUAUCAUUUCCGGCAGAUUAUCAGUUCGCCACUUAUUUGUUCCUGUUGCUGCUGCUGAUCUGCUCUCGGUGCCAUGACCACUUGGAAGUUUAUCGCCGAUAAUCACAGAUUGAUGGAAGGAAUGAGCCGGCGCCGCCGAUGGAGUUCAGUCUCUGGCAUCUGUCAGUCUCGGCGUGAUCUUCUGCCGAUGGCAAAGCCGGAAGUUUCAAAGAGUUGGGACCAAACAAAGGCGCGACCGAGCUGCCCUUGGCCAUCUGUGAACAUCCGAAAAGCUUGCCAAUCAAUCCGUGCCUCGAUUCGCAAAUAAAGUCACGGCAAUUCCGGACUAGGGCAAUGUUUCUUAGGGAGCAAUACAGACAAACAUAUGCUCUUUCUCGGCAAGAACAGAGAGUGACAGCGAGUAGAAUCGGGGAAGGUGCACACCCCGUGUCAACGCAUUAUGUCACCGAUCCGGUUCGUGGUGCACACUACGAUUGUGUUGGGAGCAAGUACACGUGGCAUCUCGCAUCAAACAUCUGCGAGUUAGACGACCUCCUGUUCCGCUGAUCACUUCGCACACUCUGUUGACCCGCCUUGAUUUGUUGAGCUUUUCGUCUUCGAGUGCGUGAUGAGUCGGCAACCGGUACGCGUGUUCUCGACGACGAAACGUGGAUCGAAAAGUGUCUGUUUGCCAAACGGCAGCUCAUCUGAAACGUUUUGUGGAAUGCGAGUAAACAUGAGUCAUCGGCUGAUUCCAGUCAAUCAAAUUAGAGCUGUUCACGUCAUGCACUCGACGAACACGUGGCAGACAACCAGUUGGCCAAGGGGUUCCAGAAGUGACCAUUGAAUGAAAAGGACAGCCAACAAAUACUUGAGUCAUUCGGGAGAGUUGGCACCGCGGAGUAGCUGUCGACGGACAUCAGGAACGUUCCCUAACGAGCUAAUGAACGAGAGAGAGGAGCAGCUGCUGCAGCCAAGGGACAAACAGUCGUUUUUGGCCGUUGACAAUUCGCGCCGGCCGUCUUUUUAUAGCCGAAAUACUUGAAAUGGAAGAUAUUUGUGUAGUUGUUGAAGGUUGCGCAACUACAGAUAAUCAGUGCUAUUCUGGGAAGGAAAGGCUCGACAUUCCGAUCCGCAAAGGGCAACUUGGCCACCGUUCGGAGGCGAUUUGAGCAAAAAGUGGUGCGGAAAAUGAUCAACAGAGCGGAAGAAAACGAGCAUCUGACACUGGGAAGACAAGACUCUUGUCUGGAACUCAAAAUGUAGACGGAGGAGCACGAUCCAGAAUGGGAGCUUAGCCACGAACCCGUUUCCACAUUUGAAAACUACAGUAGUACAGUUUCAGACUUGAGUCAAUUUUAAAUGGCGCCGGAUGGAAGUGUACAAAAUUUGGACUGUGUAAAGUCCACGUCACAAAGAAGCCACUUAUCAGCUUGACAAGGAUUUCGCAACUGGUGGCACUUGCCAUUCAUCCGCGUGCAAAGUCAAGGACCGUGCGAAUUUGUGACGUCGCACUACCUGUUCCAGGCGUCUGUUCGGCUUGGUUAGAACGCUCCUCUUGAUCAGCUGAUUCAGUACAUGCUGACCCCUCGACUGUUCGCCCUCCACCUCCACCAAAAAUCUUCGAGGAAAUAUUUCACAAGAGCUGUUCGAAAACAUGCGUCUACUGUCUGCGUCGCUUCGUCUCACACACUCUCUCGUGCCUGUUUUAGUGUCUCCAGGUGAUGAAGAGAAUGCUCUCGACGCGCAUUCAAGGAGUUGUUUCGAACGUAAGCACCCGAGAGGCGGCGGCCCGUCGCGAGAGGCGGAGCAAUGCCGCGGCGCCUAUCCGCGCGGACGACCGCCUCUCGCCGCUUGUAUAUAACCUGGGCGGUGGCAGAGGGUAAGAAUACAGAGCCACCGAGCCCAGUCUCCACUUCCCAACUCUUCCGACUAUCACCGUUUCGAAACAGAUGGCAGCCAGCAGAGCUUCGAUCCUCUUUGUCGCCGUGCUGGCAUUCUCCAGCACCUUCGUCUUUGCCGACGAAGAGACUGCCAAGGUGAGCCUCCCGCCUCUUUCCCAACUUUUCUCUCCGUUUUUCUGUUCGUGUAAUAGCCAUUAGUAGUGUGUUCUCUGCCCGCUUCUCGGUAAGCAAACAGCGCCCUCUGACCGUUUCGAUAUUUUGCGGAUGCGAAAGCACACAACCAUUUAUUAUACAAUUAUGAAUGAAAAGAAUAGAAUCAAUGGGUGCACGGGCAGGUUUUUAUAGAAAAUGACAAUGUACAUAGGGAAUUAGGCACGAUCAUUAGAGGAUCAUUGAACAUACUUUUCACGUUUCAUUCCUAUCCUUCCAUUUUCUGAUAUUUCUCUUUUUUUUCGAUCGGAACAUCUAGAUCAACAUUUCUCUUGGCAUCGUCUCUACUAAUUAUAUCUUCGCCGACAAAUUUCGAGCGCCCUUGAGGUCAAGACGAGCAUGCGGCUGCUCCAAAACAGGAAAAAUGAUAGUGUAAACAGAGUGCGCACUCUCUGGAGGAGCCACUGAAGAUGCUCUCCGUCGUCCGCAGGAGCCCUAUACACACACGAUUCGCACUCACUUCUAAGACCGUCCCAAACAAUCGCAAGAGGGAGCCAGAGAGCCAGUGUCUGCGGCUCCCUCCUGCACGCGAUGCCUCUCUCUGCCGCCCAAACAAAAAUAGAGUUGAUUGCAGAACGAGACCGGAUUGGCGCUGUCGCGUGCCAAGCGCCAGUGCUGCUCCUCCUCCUCCAACUCUUGCUGCGGCAACAACAACAACGUGCAAUGCAUCCCAGUUUGUCUGCAGCAGUGCCAGUCCUCCUGCCAGUCCGUCCAAUGCGUACAGCAAUGCCAGCCAGCCUGCAACCAACAGUGCGGAGGCUCCCAGGUCAUUCUUCUCCCACAGACCAACUCGUGCAACCAGUGCCAGCAGCAGUGCAUUAGCUCGUGCGCCACCCCGAUCUGCGCCCAGUCCUGCGGAAACACCUGCGCCAGCUCGUGCGGUAACUCUGCCCCACAGAUCGUCGUGCUGCAGCCACAGAACCAGUGCGGAGCCUGCCAGUCGAGCUGCCAGUCGACGUGCCCGACCUGCAACUGCCAGUCCGCGUGCGCCCCGGCCUGCGGAGGAAACAACAACCAGAUCAUCGUCGUUCAGCAAGACAACUCGUGCUCCUCCAGCUGCAAUAACCAGUGCUCCAGCUCGUGCAGCACCCCGAUCUGCAUCCAGUCGUGCCAGUCCUCCUGCCAACAGGCCUGCCAGCCAACUUGCGUCCCACAGUGCAUGCCGAGCUGCUCCUCCAGCUGCACCUCUAACCAGGCCCCAAUUGUGAUCGUUGCCCAGCAAGGUGACUCGUGCUCCAACUCGUGCUCCAACCAGUGCCAGUCCGCGUGCCCAACCCCGAUCUGCGUCCAACAGUGCAACUCCCAGUGCCAGUCGCAAUGCUCGUGCUCCGGAAACAGCUGCAACCAGCAACAGGUAGUGCCCGGACCCCUUCCGCUCGCCGUCUCAUCCCCGUCUCUUUGCAGGUCAUCGUUCUUCAGCAGCAAGACAACUGCCAGAACCAGUGCCAGUCGUCGUGCAUGAACACGUGCCAGGCCUCUGCCACCGUCCUCCAGUGCCAGCCAAUCUGCCAGCAGACGUGCCAGUCGACCUGCCAGCAGGCCGCCCAGAUCGUCGUCCCGUGUACGUCGACCUCUUCCGGAUGCGGCUGCUCUUCCGGAUACUCGCAGUGCGGAGGUUCCUGCUGCCGUCGUCGCUAA